CAUUGCCGUUUGUGUCGCCCUUGAAUUGCCGUUGCCAUCCAAUUGCAUUCCCGUUGUCAUGCCGCCGAAAAAACCCGCUCCCGGCCCCAUUUGCCCAGCCGCCGCUCUCUCGUCGCUGGGGCUUGCGGGUGUUGUACAUCUGGGUUGCUGCCGGCCUUUCCUUUCCACGCCGCUCAGACCACAUCGUCUCCGGUCCUGUCCCUCUGGCCACCCACUCGCUCUUUCUUGGCCCGACCUUCCGCCGCCUGCACCUGCUCUCGACCAUGUUCAAGCCAAGACGGUUCUCCACGCUCCUUCCCUGGUCUCAGAUUUGGCAGCGGCUGCCGGCCCUGUGGCUGUUCGCCACCCUGCUGGUGUCUGUCCUUGGGCCCUUCUACACCCCGACGGUUUUCGCCGCCCUCUACCUGCUCCUCAGCUGCGUCUUUACCGCAUACACCUUCCGGGUCACCUGGGGUGUCUAUGCUGUCUAUCGCGGCUGCCGAGCUCACUCCGAGAUUGACUGGUACAAGAAGUAUCUCGAGGCUCUGGCCUCCAGCGACCCCGAGACUCCCUUCGCCGAGCAUGUGUACCAUCUCAUCAUCAUCCCCAACUACAAGGAAGAGAUGGAGACCUUGGCCGAAACCCUUGGCGUCUUGGCGAGCCAUCCUAUCGCCCGCGAACACUACAAGAUCUGCCUCGCCAUGGAAGAGACCGAGGCGGGCUGCGUCACAAAGGCCGAGAUCCUCAAGUCGCAAUUCUCGGCCUCGUUCCAGGACAUUCGCCACACCGUCCAUCCCAAAGGCAUCGUCGGCGAGUCCCGCGGCAAGUCCAGCAACGUCUCGUGGGCGGCCCGUGAGAUGUCGCAGUACCUCCAGGGCGAAAACAACAUCGUCGUCACCGUCAUGGACGCCGACACCUGCUUUGCCCAGGACUAUUUCACCUUCAUCAUGCAGCGCUUUGCCGCUGCCUCUCGCGACACCCAGCCCUGCAUGAUGUUUGCCCCAUGCAUCGUCUUUGAUCGCAACUCCAACGAGAUCCCGGCCGUCGUCCGCACCGGCGACAACAUCUGGGCCAUGUCGGUCAUGUCCAAUAUGUAUUCCGGCUCGUCCGUCACCAUUCCGUGCUCGGCGUACUCGCUCUCGCUCGACCUCGUCCGGCACGUCGAGUUCUGGGACGUUGGCCCCGAGGGUAUCGGCGAGGACAUGCACAUGUACCUCAAGUGCUUUUUCCUGACCGAGGGUCGUGUCCAUGUCGAGCCCGUCUACUCUCCCGCCUCGCAGUGCAACGUUCAAGACUCUAGCACCCUCGCCACCAUCCGUGCACGAUACACCCAGGCCUCUCGCCAUAUGUGGGGCGCCCUCGAUACCGGCUACACCCUCAACCAUGCUUGUCAUGCCCUCUUUGAGCCGCAGCAUGCCCUGAGGUCCCUCAAGGGCGACCACUUCCUGCACUCGGGCGAGAUCCAGGUCCCGCUGCCCAAGCUCUUCCAUCUGGUCCACCGCGUCGUCGAGGCCCACGUCCUACUCUACCACACCAUGCUCAUCACCUUCAUCACCUCCCUCACCAUCCCGAACGGACCCUCAAGCAUCGGCGCCGUGAUCAUGCCGCUGCUCACCAGCCAAGAGUCGCUCCACCCGUACGUCGAGCUGGCCGUUUUCGUCGGUGGCUACAUGCGGUUCUUUUGCGCCAUCCCGUUCCUCUGCCAACUCUUUUACUACGAGCGGUACCAUCGAUGGGUCGGAUUUGAGCGCUGGAAGCAGGACGGGCUCCUGCCAGUGUCGCGCCUCGGUCGCCGCACCCAGCUGUCGGCCGAGCGCUCGCUCUGGUAUGCCCUGGACUGGCUGACCCUGCCCGUUGUCGGCGCCCUGUUUGCCGUCUUGCCGACGAUGCGUGCGCAGAUCUGCCAUCUGUGGACCAACAACCUCGACUAUGUCGUUGCUGGAAAGCCCACCGUUGCUCCGCUCAAGCCCGAGGAAAUCCCCAUGAUCAGCGCCAGUGCUCCGAUCGUGUCGAUCUCGGGUGCGCGUGCAGAAAGCACCGACGGCAGCGACGACGACUACGACGACGAUAAUGACGAUGACGACAAGGCCUCGACUCGCACCAUGGUCGAUUCGGCCUUUUCCGAAAUCUCGGACGAGCCCUCGUCGCCAUAGCCAACAGUGCAUUCCUCUGUGUGCGAAUCUGAUAGAUAGAUCCAGACUACCAUCACAGCCAUCGCGACAACCAUUGCGACAGCCAUCGCCGACUCAAUGGCCAUAACCACUAUCGCCGCCAACGGCACAACCAUGCCACCACGAGUCUCUGUCUUUGCCUCCCGUGUAUGAUACAAACGAGUGCCUUCUUGCGGCGGCGGUGUUCUCGCGUGUUGCGCAUCCUCUCGUUCCCAUAUCCCCGUCUCUUCUCUUCUCUCAUCACAUCCUCCCCAGCGGUUACAAAAACAAAUCGGGGGGAGAGAGAGGAAGUCUGUGCAUUUUUCAUGGCCGGUGGCUAUUCUUGUUGUCUAAGCUGUAUUUUCUGGAUUCUGAAUACACAUAUUGCCUUUCGUUCC